AGUGUUGGAGUGUGGCGGAGUGAAAGAGCGACUAUUUGCGGGCGGAGGCUGAGAGAAAUUUAAAUCCCCUCCGGUUGCGGUCGACACGCAAAAGGAGAAAAAAAAUCCCUUUUUUUUAAUUUCUUUCUUUUCUUUUCUCUUCUGUUCGAGCUCCGGUUCUUCGGUAGUAAAUGCCCGAUCGGUAGGGCGUCGGCGGUGAAGUUUUUGAGGGGGUUUUGGGUCUCUCUGUGUGCCGUGAAGGGCCAUGGCUGUGGCGGCGGCGGCGGUGGUGGCGGUGGGGGAAGCCCGGCCGGAGCUGGUGGGGAAGCGGUUUCUGUGUGUGAGCGGAGACGCGCCGCCGGAGCUCGGACACAUCGCUCAGUGGCCCUGGAGAACCGGGGUUAUCCGCGCCGUGAGCCACCGGGACAGCCACAACUCUGAACUCACGGUGUACGUGGAAUUCGACGACCUGGAGUGGGAGAAGCGUGAGUGGGUGAAGGUGUACGAGGACUUUCAGAUCUUCCUGCUGGAGCAGCAGCUCGUCUGGGCCAAGAGGAAAGAAGCCUCGCAGCAGCAGGGCGGCCGGGCCAGGCAGAUCCAGUGGCCGGCUCUGACGUUCAAGCCCCUGGUAGGACAGAGCGUCCUGAGCUCCGUCACCGCGGUGGAAUUCUUCUCCGACAGACAGCUGGACUUCCUGAGCGACGACGGAGCGUUCCAGCCCUAUCAGGAUGACGUGGACGGCUUAAGUCCUGUUCUCAGGGACAAUCCACAGCUUCAUGACGAGGUGAAGGGCUGGGUGAAAGAUCAGAAGGUGCAGGAGAUUUUUAUGCAAGGUCCUUAUUCGUUAAAUGGAUACCGCGUACGAGUUUACAGGCAGGACUCAGCCACCCAGUGGUUCACGGGCAUCAUCACCCACCACGACCUCUUCAGCCGCACUAUGGUGGUAAUGAACGACCAGGUACUAGAGCCUCAGAACGUCGACCCCUCUAUGAUACAGAUGACCUUUCUGGAUGAUGUGGUCCAUUCUUUACUGAAAGGAGAGAACAUAGGCAUCACAUCCAGACGGAGGUCACGCUCGAGCCAGAACAGCAACUCCGCCCAUACCGCAGGAGGGAGACCAAGCGGCAACACAGCAAGCACUCAGGGUCACUACACGCGCGCCCAGGCCAACAGUCCCAGACCGGUCAUGAACUCCUCGGGUUCCGCCCCAAAGCAAAGUUCUCAGGCCCAGCAACAGCAGUCCCAGCACGCACAACAGCAGCAAUCCCAACAACAACAGCAGCAGCAACAGCAGCAGUUGUCGCCGGGGCAACAGCGAGGGUCCCGGUCCACACGCAGGAAGGGGUCGGACAGCAGCGUUCCAGACGACGACAAGAUCAAAGAGGAGAAGAUGGAGUCUGGAUCGGGGAGAGGAGAAAAUCCCAAAAACAAAACCAAACAGCUGAACAAGCGGAGGAAAGCCGAGGAAGAGGAGAAGAAGAGCGGCCUGAAGCGGAUCAAAACCGAGGCGUCCGACCUUUCCGAGAGCAGCGACUCCGAGAACUCCACCAAGAGGCUCCAGGACUCGUCCUCCGAGCCCGGCUCCGAGAACGAGCUGAAGAGCAAGGGCGUUCCGAAAGACGCCGGCGAGGAGGACGAGGAUACGUCCCGGAGCCGCAAGGCCGAGGAGGAGCCGGCCACCGAUACGGACGCCAAACCGACCGGCAUGGAGGUGGUGCCGUGCGGUCAGGGUGAACGCCAAGGGGAGGAGAGGAAAUCUCCACGGCAGCCGUCCCCCGUACCCCCUGCGUGUUCGCAGCCCCAAAACCUGAGCUCUAACGAGGUCCAGGGCUGCAUCGUGGAAAUAAAAAGCACUGUGAAAACCUCACCCAAGGACCAUUAUGGCACCGGGGCGCCCGGGACGCACACGAGCGACACCGGGGCCUCCAGGGAGAGCUCCGACUCCGUGUCCGCACUGCUGGCCCCCGAUGCCCGGCAUUCGGUGCUCACCCCGUCACCCUCGGACCCCAGGAGGCCGGAAAGCGAGACGCAGCAGCAGCCGGGGCGGAAUUCGGGCAGCAAGGUGGAAUUUGGGCACUCCGAAGUGAUCCGCCCGGUGACGUCGGUGAGCGAGUCGGCAGCCCUGGCCGAGCGGGAGAAGGUGCUGCGGCAGCAGCAGUACGCCUCCAUCAUGCCGUGCAUCAACAACGUCUCGCUCGCCGAGGACGUCCGCAAGCCGCACAAGCUCAGCUCGUCGCCGGACGUGGCGAAGUCGCAGUCCAACCCCUCGCCCGACCUGCUCAAACCCAGGUGUAACCCCUCGCCGGACGCCAUGAAGUCGAAGACUCACGGCGUCCUCGAGGCGCUGAAACCCAAACCGAACACAUCACCCGAGGUCACGAAACACAAAGCACGCUACGCCCAUAACGUCCAGACCUCCCGCUCCACCAUCAAACAAGAGCCCGACGUCGUCUCCGGCUUCAUGCGCGUCCCGGUCCGAGCCACGCCCUACGAGUCCGGCAAGAGCCCGCUCAUCGUGGACAGAAACGAGCACUUCAUGGUGUACCGCGACCCGGCGCUGGUGCGCCACGAGGCCGACGGCAACCACGUGGCCUACCUGCCCCCACACCUCCACUCCCUGCGCGGCUCCACCCACACCACGUGCCUGGCGCCCGGCCCGCACCCCCACUCCCACCUGCUGCCCGCGUCCUCGCUCGGCCCCCACCCGCACCACUCGGUUCACCACCCCUUGCUUCCCAACAUUCUGACCGCCAUGCCGCUGGGCGGCCACCCGCGCCUCGAUUCGGGCGGACUCGGGCACCUGGCGCUGGCACACCACCACCCUCACCAGCAGCAGCAGUUCCUGCAGCAGCAGCACCCGCCGCCUUCGCUGCUGGCGCAGACGCACGGCGGCGCCCCCUACAACCAGCUCGGGCUCUAUCCCAUCAUCUGGCAGUACCCCAACGGCACGCACUCCUACCCCCCCGGGCUCGGCAUCCAGGUCAACUCGGACGCCAGCCUGUCCAGGAACACCCCCAGCCCCUGGCUCCACCAGUCCCCCCCUAUGUCCUCGACGGACGGCCUCGGAAUCCUGAGCCACGUACCCGGUAGACCAGCGAGCGCCGAGCCCCACCGGACCCUCAAAAUGAGCUCACACUCCAGUCCACCGCUCUCCAAAACCUCCAUGGAGCCCCACAAAGAGGACCUGGACAGCAAGGUGUUCGUGGACCCCCUGCGUGGCCUGGUGACCCCCCACCUGAAGCAGGAGCCCGACCGUAGCCGGACGCCCACCAGCAAGGAGCUGCAGCGCCACUACAUGGAGUCGCCGCACGGCAAGCAGCAGCAGGCACAACCGGACCGGGCCGCCAAGAACAAGGAAGAGAACUGGCGCAUCCUCCAGGAGAGCAUCGAGGUCGCCCCGUUCACCGCCAAGAUCCGGGCGGGCGAGGCGGAGCGCGAACAGUACGCCCGCAUCUCAUCGCUCCCUCUCGGCGGCGCGCCCAAGGACGCGGAGCACCCGCCGGCAGAGCUGUACAAGUACAAGCACUGCGCGUCGCAGUCGCUGCCCCAGAGCAACUAUUUUACCACCCUGUCUAACAGCGUGGUAAACGAGCCGCCCCGCCUCUACCCGUCCAAGGAUCUCAACUCCUUAUCCAACUCAAGUCCGCUGCCUCUGGGCUCCUACAACAGCUCCGGGGGCAACGCCAAGUCCCUGUCGAAACCCCCACCUCUGAUCAAGCACCAGCCUGAAAGUGAAGGUCUGGUGGGCAAGAUCAACGAACAGCUCAGCCAGCAGGCGGCGCUGCACCCUCCCGGUGGCUCGGCGGCCUCCAACGAACGCCGCAGCCCGGCCAUCUCACCCUCCGGCCACUCAGCACUCAGGGGCAUGCCCAACCUCUACAGGGCGCCUGUAUUUCACCCGCCCACCCAACAAACGCUCGACCGCAAGGAGGCCGGGUACGGUCGCCUCUCGCCGCCCACGCUCACCCCCAUCCAGCCGGUCAGCACAGCCGGGAAGGUUUCCGAGCAACAGAAGCCCCCCACCCUGCUGCCCGAGCUUCGGGAGGUGAAGGGCGGCGCCGAGCCCUGGCGACCCGGUCCCGACUCGCAGAACCACGUGGCCCAGUGGCACUCGGAGAAGACCCGGGGGAAGCCACAGGCGGCCACGGCGUCCGUCAUCGUCCGGCCUCUGAGCUGCAUCAAGUACGACGGCUCGCCGGGGUCCAAACCCGGCGCCAGGGAGCCGCACGCCGACCAAGUGGACCUGACGAAACCCGCCGAGGCCAGAGAGCCCGGCAGGGUCAUCCAGCCGAACACAAACUUGGAGGGUCGAGUUCCUCAGGUCGUUCCCCUCGUUAACUCCGUGUGCGACAGCGGUACGGACGUGACCACUUCCCCCUCCGCGAUCAGCGUGCCGAGCCGAAGCGCACCCGAAUCGUCGUAUCCCUCCCCGGCCGCUCAGAGCAGCGUUCUGGAGACCGGCGGCCCGAAAUGCAGGACUCCCACCGGGCCCGAUGCGCAGGACUGCGAUGCCAGGACGGCCUCGCCGAAUUCCGUGCCACCUCAGCGUAGUCUGUCCCCGCACGCCUACUCUGGGAACUCCAUCCACCUAAAGAAGCGUAAGGCGGCCCUGGCCGCCGCCCAGUCUCACGGUUCGAGCAGCGCCUCGGAGAGCGACAGCGGCGGACGAUCCUCUCAGGAAUCACCCACCGUCGUCCAGGACCGCGCCUCGCCGAGCAACCCAGCCGGCAAACCCAACGGUCAGCCGUCGCAAUUAAACCAGAGCAACUACCACAAGCUUAAGAAAGCCUGGCUCACCCGGCACUCGGAGGAAGACCGGAACACCAACAAGAUGGAGAAGGGCUCCAGCGCCGUGUCGGACAUCAUCAAGCCCUGCACCGUCAGCCUCAUCGCCUCCACCUCGGGCGAUGUGGACGUAGGAAAGGAUUUCAAAAGCCUGGAGGACAGGAUGUCCCCCGAGGACAAGAAGGCCCGACGGGCGUCCUCUAAACGGCCGCACGAGUCCUGCUCGGAGAGCGGAGACGACUCGGACGCCAGCGACGGCAAGCUGGAGCAGAGGGUCAAACGGCAGCCCAAGCCCACCUUCAAGAAGAAGCAGAACGACAUGCAGAGGAAGAAAGGAGACGACAGGGACGAGGACGACGGCAAGCCCAACGGCAUCUUCAGGAGCGCCAAGGAGAAGACCAAACUCAAACUGGCCAGCAGCAACGGUAUCCCUCGCUCCGUGCUGAAGGACUGGAGGAAGGUGAAGAAGCUGAAGCAGACGGGCGAGUCCUUCCUGCAGGACGACUCGUGCUCCGAGAUCGGCCCCAACCUGCAGAAGUGCCGCGAGUGCCGCUCCAUCCGCACCAAGAAGGGAGAGGAGCCCACGCACUCGCCCGUCUUCUGCCGCUUCUACUAUUUCCGUCGCCUUUCGUACAGUAAGAACGGAGUGAUCCGGAUCGACGGCUUCUCCGCCCCCGACCAGCACGACGAGGAGGCUCUGAACCUCUGGGUCCCGGACGCCUACGAGGACAUGGGCUUGGACCCCGAGACCUCCAAAUACAUCCUCAGCUACAUCGGGGACAAGUUCUGCCAGCUCGUCACGACCGAGAAGACCGCCGUCACGUGGAUCAAAAAAGAAACCAAGAUCGCCUGGAAGCGGGCGGUACGGGGAGUGCGCGAGAGCUGCGACGCAUGCGAAGCCACGCUCUUCAACAUGCACUGGGUCUGCCAGAAAUGCGGAUUCGUGGUGUGUUUGGACUGCUACAAGGCCAAGGAGAAGAAGAGCUCCAAGGACAAAGAGCUGUACGCCUGGCUGAAGUGCGUCAAGGGACAGCCGCACGAUCACAAGCACCUGAUGCCGACGCAGAUUAUUCCAGGAACGGUCUUGAUGGACCUGGUGAAUUCCAUGCACAUGCUCAGGGAGAAGUUUGGCAUCAAAGCACACUGCACAUGUUCCAGCAAGCAGAACAUUCUCAACAAGCUGCCGUCGACCAACGGCGUGUCGCAGGUCCUCCAGAACGUACUGAACCACAGCAACAAGCUCUCGCUGUGCAAGCCCGAGGCCGGCCAGCACAACCUGGGCCAAAAGGUGGAGGCCAACGGGGGCAGCAGUCCAGCCAGCGACAGCAGCACCGACAGCAAGCUCACGCCGCCCGAGUCCCAGUCGCCGCUGCACUUUCUGGCCGAUCUGGCCGAGCAGAAGUCACGCGAGGAGAAGAAAGAAAACAAGGAGUCGGCCGUGGUGAAGGUGAAGGAGGAGAAGGAGCACGCCGACCCCCUGGAGACUCUGCACUGUAAAGCUCUGGUGGCGAACAGCACCGAGCAAGGCUCCACGCUGAGAGACCUGCUCACCACCACGGCGGGAAAACUGCGCCUGGGCUCCACGGACGCCGGCAUCGCCUUCGCCCCGGUGUACUCCUCCGCCUCACAGACGGGGAAGAGUGGACGCACCAUGCCCAACAUUCUGGACGACAUCAUCGCGUCGGUGGUGGAGAACAAGAUCCCGGCGGACCGCGGCAUCAAGCCAAGCCUGAAGACCAAACCCCAGGAGGAGGUCAAAACGGAGAAGAAGAAAGCACCAGAGGAGGCGCCCGAGCAGUACCCGGACAUCCCCUACUGCUGGCUGUACGAGCGCCGGCUGCUGUGGCUCAAGGACCAUCGCAACACCAACAACUGGAAAGUGUUCAGGGAGUGCUGGAGGCAGGGGCAGCCUGUUCUGGUCUCAGGGGUGCACAAGAAGCUCAACGCCAGCCUGUGGAAGGCCGAAGCGUUCAGCAGCGAGUUCGCCGACCACCAGGGGGACCUCAUGAACUGCAAAGACGGCGUGGUAUCCAACUCGGGCAUCAAGGAAUUCUGGGACGGCUUCGAGGACCUGACGAAACGGCCCAAAUGUAAGGAUGGCGAGGGCAUCGUGUACCGACUGAAAGACUGGCCGUCCGGAGAGGAGUUCAUGGCCCUGAUGCCCUCCAGGUAUGACGAUCUGAUGAGGAACCUUCCUCUGCCCGAGUAUUCGGACCCGGAGGGGAACCUAAACCUGGCAUCCCACCUGCCCUCGUUCUUUGUGAGACCUGACCUAGGCCCUCGUCUCUGCUGCGCAUACGGUGUGGCAGCAUCUCAGGAGCAGGAUUUCGGCACCGCCAACCUGCACAUGGAGGUGUCCGAUGUGGUCAGCGUGCUCGUUUACGUGGGCGUAGCCAAAGGCAACGGCGUCCUCUCCAAAACAGGAGUUCUGAAGUGGCUGGAGGAGGAGGAUCUCGACGACAACGUGAAGAAGAGACUGAAAGACUCGAGCGAGAUGCCCGGUGCGCUGUGGCACGUCUACACCAGCAAAGAUGUGGAGAAAGUGAAGGAGUUCUUGCACAAGAUCGCUAAAGAGCAGGGUGUGGAGAUCCCCCCGGAGCACGACCCGACCCGGGAGCCGGGCUGGUACCUGAGCCGCAAGCUGAGGCAGCGUCUGCAGGAGGAACACGGCGUACAGGGCUGCACCAUCGUCCAGUUUCUGGGGGACUCUGUCCUCAUCCCGGCUGGAGCCCUACACCAGGUGCAGAAUCUGCACAGCUGCGUUCAGGUGAUUAACGACUUCGUGUCUCCGGAGCACGUGGUGCACUCGUUCCACUUAACCCAGGAGCUGCGCUCCUCCAAGGAGGAAAUCAACUACGAAGAUAAGCUACAGGUCAAAAACAUCUUUUACCACUGCGUGAAGAACGCCGUGGGAACGUUAAAGCGCUGCAGCGCCGAGGAGGACGAGGAGGCCAACUCAUGACCCGCCCUCACGCCGCCGGCUCGCCCUCAUUACGCACACUAACCCUCACGUCGUGAACCUCCAGUGCCAAGCAAACUCUAAGAGACAAGAAACAGACAGACGCUAUUUAUUGGUUACUGACGCCGCAGCAGUAUAACCCGAACGCUUCAGGAUGAUCCAGAACCUUCGUCUCGUAUUUGUUCGUCUGUUCUUCGGUUUGUGUUUGUUCUUUCCGCUCCUUCUGUGAAAAAAAAAACCUUGUAUUUAUUUUCGGACGCACGUCUCGCGUUCCGGCUCCAGUGUAAAUGUGACUUGUACAGUUUGCUAAUCGGGAUCCCGUGGCGUCACGUCACGUCGCGUCGCUAACUGUGAGAGGGAUCCGAACACCAGCUAUUGCCUGUACUUUUGGGAACCGUCGCUGAAUUUGCAGUCCUCAUGCCAUAUCUUACAAAAAAAAAAACCUGCCAAACUCUUGUAAACAUUGUAAAGUUAUAUGAUGUAAAGAAAAGCCUAAAUGAUUAAACACUUCAGCCUUUUAUUAAAGAAGUAUUCACUGUACAAUGGAGACAUUUACGAUAAGAAAAAGUUGUAAUUUAUUUAAGAAAAUUGUCCUUUUUUAAAUUUACUAUGGUGAAGUUUUGAAGUUAAUAAUGAUUAAAAAAUGAAAGACUUACUAUGCUGUGUAAAUAUAUACAUAUAUAAACAUUCACUGAUGUAUUUUUUUAGAAAAAAAACAAACACGGUUUGCUUCGAUUUCAUAUUUUAAAAGUGCAAGUGUUACAUGCUUUGUACAUUGAAGUUCAAAUGGUUUUACAUUUUCCAUUAAAAUGGAUUUAUCAGA